CGCUCGACAACCAGAUAGGUACUCGAAUCUCUAAUAGAAAGAAUUGUUGUUUGCAACUUCGCGUUCUCUUCUCAAGUUACUGUGAACGCCUAUAUAUAACUGCUGAUAUUCAGGAUACAGCACGUCUACUACAGCCAUGUCUACUGACACUCAGGGCAUCACUCUGACCCUUACUCACCAUGGAACCUCUCAUACCUUCUCUUUCUCUUCUGAUGCCACAAUCUCAGAUCUCUCCGACGAAGUCGCAAGCAGUCUCUCGAUACCACCCUCCAACCAGAAAUUCAUGAUAUCCAAGCUCGGCUUGCUCAAGCCACCCUUCAAAGACCCCCACUUACCAAUAUCCUCGAUCGCGGACAAGAAGAUCACGUUGAUGGGCAGCACCGCAGCGGAGGCAUCCUCGAUCGAACAAGCGUCUUUCGAGGCCUCGCGACGGGUCUCUCGUCCCCGACCAGUCCAGAAAGUCCAAGCGUACAAAACCCGCGACUGGAAGAAAGAGCAAGAGGAAAGCCAGUAUACAUUCCUGACCCUGCGUCCCCUGCCUUACCUCCCGAACCCCUCUCGCUCUCUGCAGUUCCUCCAACGGUUAAAAGACGAUGCUGGCAUCAAGGCGGCAAUGCGGAAACAUAAAUUCACAGUCCCGCUCCUCACGGAGAUGAACCCGAUCGAGCACACGCAAUCGAAUCAUGAAGGCACGAGCCGAACACUGGGGCUGAAUAGGAACGCGGGCGAGGUCAUAGAGCUGCGUCUAAGAACCGAUGCGUACGAUGGCUACAGAGAUUACAAGACGAUCCGGAAGACGCUGUGCCACGAGCUAGCGCACAACGUUCACGGGCCACACGACCGCAAGUUCUGGGAUCUGUGCAAGCAGAUCGAGAAGGAGGUUGAGGGUGCGGACUGGAGGAGCGGCGGCCGUACUGUGGGCGAUGAGGAGUAUUAUGAGGGUGGUGAGGAAGUUGAUGAUCAUGGCGGUUGGACGGGUGGCGAGUUCGUCCUCGGGGCUAGUAGUGCGGGAGGUGCGGAGAGCGUAGGGCAGGAAUCGAGUCAGGGGAUGAGCAGGAGGGAAAUCCUGGCGAAGGCUGCGGAGGAGAGAAUCGAGAGGCUCAGGAGGUUACGGGAGCAAAAUGAACAGAGUGAGAAUGCCGGAAGUGGUUCUGGAUAGAUAUCUGGCUUGGCGAUUGUAUGGUUGUACAUCCGAGAAGAGGAGUCGUUCGAGGCUUGAUAUGCUGGGAAUCAGUCCCCAAGGAGAUCAAACCCGCCGAACUCGAGCACUGGCUGGAUCCCGUGGUCAUGUGCCACUGAAAUCAGACUUGGUGCAUCAGGCAGGGAUCGAAAUAGAGGGAGAGGCAUGCCGAGAGCCUGGAUUGGAUGGCCGAUUAAGCCAGCUCCAUUUAGCUGACUGAGCUACAGUCCUUGGAGAUGAGUUUGGCAGGACAAUGCCAACAGGUCUUUCCACGUGAGAGUAGGGGCCACAGCAGCAGCUCCACAGGACCUAUGUGGUUUCGAAGUUAAAGAGGAGACAAGAGGUCGACCUGCAUGUGGUCAGUGGUGGGGCUGCUGCCGUCCAUAUAAGUUCAUCAAUCUAUUGAGAAUACCCCAAGGAAUUAAUCGCCUUUCAUUUGAUUACUCUCUUGUCUCUUCUAAUGCACCCUCCUAC